AUAUAUACAUAUGUGUACUUGUCUGAAUGUGGAUAAAUAUUUAAAGACUGGAUAUACCUUUGGGACCCUUACAAAAUGGACCACAGAUUGUUUGAUGCAGCUCGGUCGGGAGACACAACAACACUUCACUUGCUACUUCAAGAAGAUCCUCUUCUUCUCGACCGUUUUUCUAUGUCUUCUCUAGAGAAUCCUCUCCAUAUCUCAGCCUUCUCUGGCCAAGCUGCCUUCACGGCUGAAAUCUUGCGUCACAAGCAAGAUUUAGCUCUGGAGCCGAACCAACAAGGUUUUAGUCCUCUUCAUAUUGCUUCAGCCUCAGGGAAGAUAGAGGUUGUGAGAGCUCUCCUAAGUGUCGGCCAGAAACAUGUUCUCUGCCGCUUGAAGAACAAAGACGGUUCGAUUCCUCUUCACUGCGCGGUGCAGAGAGGGAGAAUCGAGGUCAUGAAAGAGCUGGUUUCUUCUUUCCCCGAAUCUCUCAAGGAAAUAAAUGCUUCUCUUGAGACACCUCUUCACGUUGCUGUAAAGAACAAUCAAGUGGAAGCUACGAAGUUGUUGCUGGAAGAGAUCAAGAAACGUGACAUGUCGGAGAGGAUCGUUAAUAUGGAGAAUCGAGAAGGCAAUACAAUCUUGCAUCUUGCAACACUUGGGAAACAGCUUCAGAUUGUGGAGAUGUUGAUUGGUGACGAUGCAAUACUCAGCGGAGUAGAUGUAAACAGACAGAACAGAAACUGGUUAACACCAAAGGAUAUACUCGACGUGGUUAUUGAAACCGAAGGAGGAAGUGUUUCUGAAAUGUACAAGGUUGUUCAAAUCUUUCAGACAGCUUCAGCAAAUAACGCACGUACGGGACGUCAACGGCUUAAACGUAGUCAUCAUACUAGAAACCCUAUUCGUAUGAUAAAGAAUCAUAUCAACGACGAGAUCAAUAACUCCACACUCGAACAACGAGAGACCCUAAUGAUUGUUGCAACACUCAUAGCAACACUUACAUUCACCGGAGGUCUUCAGCCUCCAGGAGCUUUCAAGAGUGAAGACGCUAACGGUGGUUCAAACGCGACAAACACAACAAGGGCAACAACAUCACUAGGCAGAACUUUAGAUAACAUUUUCGGACAAAGGAACAGCACUGCAGGGCAAGCGAUCAUGGCGGACAGACGCGUUCACUUCACUCUUUACUCUGCCUUUAACGCGAUUGGGUUCUUGGUUUCGGUGGCUAUGAUCUCUCAGCUCACUAAAGGUUUCCCUCUGAGAAACUGGAUGAGGCUUUGCAUUAUCUCAGCCGUGUCUACGUAUUGUCUUGCUAUCGUCUACUUAGCACCAGAUGAGGAUGUGUUUUGGGUCGUGGUUCUUGCGGCAGCGUUGCUCUUGGUUCUUCGUGAGCUUUACUUCUUCAUCAAAUCGUUGUGCAAUGGCAUUAAGAAGGCAACGAGUGAAACUUAACUGAUCACAUCCUUUUGUUGUAUUUUUAUUUCUUUUUCAUGUUUGCUUUUAUGUGUAUGUUUUUCUUUUUAUAAUGUGUUUUCUUCUCAUGUUUGUUUUUUUGUAACAUCUAAAUUCUAUAGAUAUUAAAACAGAUGGUUUUACAAUAUCCCCAAAAAAAACCGACAGAAUAAACAGAUUUCUCAAAAAUAAGUCGAUAGAAAACUAGCUUUCUCCUCAAUGACACAUAUUAAUUAAUUUUUAUAACAAUUAUAUAGAAAUAAUAUAAAUUAUUUGUGAUUUUUAAAGUUGCUUUUACAAGUUUUGUAAAAUUUGGUUGCGCAAAUUAGAAGUAAUAGAAAUAUUUAAAAUAAGCUAUUCAACAUACUUUGUUUUGUAGUGCUUAGAAACCUGUAACUAAAAAAUAAUUAGAUAUAUAAAUCUCUAAACAAUAGUAUUGCUCUCUUUUAUGUUUGUGUUUUUCU